CCCCCCUCCCCCCAACCCACAUUCACACACAACACGCACCAUGAUAAACGCGGUCCUCGUCUUCAACAACGCCGGCCAGCCGCGCCUCACCAAGUUCUACACCCAGCUCGAGACAAGCGUGCAGCAGCGCCUGAUCUCCGAGAUAUUCACCCUCGUCGCCAAUCGGCCCAAUUCAGCCUGCAACUUCCUGCCUCUUCCGCCCCUCCUCCAGCAAUCCUCCAAGUCCUCAACCCCCAGCACCCCGCACAACGACACCCCCUCCCUCGUAACCUACCGCCACUACGCUACCCUCUACUUUAUCGUAAUCUCCACCUCGACCGAAUCGCCCCUCGCGCUCCUCGAUCUGAUACAAGUCUUCGUGCAAGCGCUGGACGGACUCUUCGAAAACGUGUGCGAGCUCGACCUCAUCUUCAACUUCGAGACGCUGCAUGCCGCGCUUGGGGAGAUGAUCGUGGGCGGUGUGGUGGUCGAGACACAGCUUGAUAGGGUGGUUGAGGGGGUAAAGAGCCAGGGGAGAGUGGCGAAGAGGCCGGUCAACGAGGGGAAGUUUGGGGGCGGUGGGGGAAUGGGGAUGGGGAGGGGUGGCGGGUUGUGGGCCGGGAGGUAG